UAUAUAUAUAUAUAUAUAUUCCUCCUCUACAGAGAUACUGUCUGUCUCGCUGAGUUACUUUUGUGUCUAUCUAAGGGGAAGCACAAGCAGGCGACGGGGCUUGGAGCACCGUCUUUCACUCCCUCGCCUGCCGGCGAACAGGGAAGUGAAAACUGAAAAUGAAUUUGCGGGAGAGACCAAUGAAAGUUUGCGAAAGACUUCCGCAGUCAGUGAGCUGGGUCCCGCCCAGGCGAUGGUGUAAAUGCAGAGGAAGAAACAAGAAAACAAAUCAGCAAGCGGGGGGAAAUUUCCAGUCUCCCGGCCCUCUUCUUUUACUUUCGUUCUAAUUUUGCAAGUGACAGGAGUGGCGACUUGCGCUUUCCCUUUGGACUGUAUUAGAGCCCGGGACUCAUUUGGAAGUGGGCACUUGGAGCGACUCUCCAGGACAGACACGGACCCCUACAUUUGACAGGAAGGUCGCCCUUAUCCCGUAUGUCACCCACUCCAAGUCAGGAACUGUUCGGACUACAGGGUCACGUUUAACUUGCAGGUGGCGAUGCCUGUGGAGCGAAUGCGAAUGCGCCCGUGGCUAGAAGAGCAAAUAAACUCGAAUAUAUUACCUGGUUUGAAAUGGCUAAACAAGGAAAAGAGGAUUUUCCAGAUUCCAUGGAUGCACGCUGCUCGACACGGGUGGGACGUGGAGAAGGAUGCGCCGUUAUUUAAAAACUGGGCCGUUCACACAGGAAAAUAUCACCAUGGAAUAGACAAGCCUGAUCCCAAGACAUGGAAGGCCAAUUUCCGUUGCGCGAUGAACUCAUUACCCGACAUCGAUGAAGUGAAGGACAAAAGUAUAAAGAAGGGGAGCAAUGCCUACAGAGUGUACAGGAUGCUGCCAGCCACAGAAAAGCCAAACAAGAAAGGAAAGAAAAUAAAAGUGGAAAAGGAAGAAGAAUGUAAGACAGUCAAGUGGAAAGCUCCCAAAUUUCCGUUUGAAGAUAAUAAAGUAUUGCUAAACAAUCACAAUCUCUCCACAAAGCCCAAUGUCGUGGUGAAAGAGGAUACUGAAGUGCACAGCACGGUGGACAACUUUGUAGAGCUCGGUCACUCUCCGAACCGCUGCAUGAUGGAAGAAGCCAUGAUCGUCAGCAACCCGCCAGAUAUCUGUCAGGUGAUAGAAGUGACUACGGAAUGUGAGGAUGAGCCCGUCAGCACCAGCCACCUCUACCCAUUGCAGAUCUCGCCAGUGUCCUCCUACGCAGAAAGUGAAACGGAUAGUGUUGCAACUGAUGCAGACCAUGAUGAGAUGACUGAGGGCGGCAAGCAAGACCGGACGCACUGGCAACAGAGCCACAUCGAGGGGAAGGAGUUUCUCAGCAACGUGGGCGUGAACAGUGUGUACUAUACGGCCAGCAUGCCCGGCCAGAGUCCCAGCAUCCACCUGCUAAGCAACGGGUGUGACGGACCCGCACCUUACACCCCGGCCACCACCUUAUCGGUGAAGAUCGCCGCAUCGCCCGCCGCACCUUCGCACCAUUCUUCCAUAAAGCUUCGCAUGGCAGAGAGCCGGGCCACGGUCAUCGUGAAGGCGUCAGACUUAACCAGAGGCAAGAACUGCUGAAAAACACACACAGUUUGGUCUGGAGUUUAACGUUGCCUUCGUCUGAUGAGGAUAUAACUGGGCUGCAACUGCACUGUCACCUAACGUGUGAAUGGACCUUAUGGGGCCGCAAUAAAACACAGAAUGAAGAGAACUGGAAGCCACUCGACUACACCUGCCGACUCCAGUUCGUUCAUCAAAUUCUAACUCAGGACUACAGGUUUAUGAACUAUUUUAUUUCCUUUGAGUUUCCCUGUUGCACUCGUAUUUCUCCCCCCCCCACCCCCCCCAAAAAAAACAAAAGAAGAAAUUGGCUGGGCAAUGCCCCCCCCCCCCGUAUCCGAACAGACAAAAUGGGACCAGUAUGGGGAGAAAUAACAAAAAUGUGCCUUAUAAACCUGGCUGGCCGCAGCAGGAGAAAUGUGAACUGCUUGUAAAUGGGUUUUUUUUAACUUUUUUAAAAUGUGAAUAUGUAUGUAGUGCAGGAGAAAUGAAACGUAUGGCCUGCUUUUGUUUGUUUGCACCUUAAAUCCUAGUCUAGCACUAAACGCAAUCAUAUUAAUGGCGAUUAAAUGCAGAAAUUCAGAAAUUUUAUAAAAAAUUAUUGUGGUUCAGAGUUCUAAUUCUAAGCCUGCUUUUACUGUUCUCUGCUCAAGCACAGAAUUACAUUAAACAGCAAGCACAUGGAAAUUGCCUAGAUUUUUUUUUAAAUAAGAAAGGAUUUAGUCUUUUUCUAAAGCAAGCUUUUUAUUUUUUGUUAUCACAUGUAAAGGGAUUAUUUUAUUCAGGGUAAUUGAAUGCUGAAGUGAAUAUAAAUCUUUAUCUUUUUUACCAAAGUAUGUUUGUUGUUUCUGGUCGGGUUUUGUCGGCAUAAAUAUCUGUGGUAAAUUGUUGAUUGUUUUUUUUUUGUGUUUUUUUUACAAAUUUGUAGCAAUUACAAAAAGUAUCCAAUAAAAUGUAGCCUCUACAUCACUGACUAGAGAAA